UUUAUUUAUUUAUUUGUUUGUUUGAAACCAAAAGGUAGUUCGUCCAGCCCGAGCUGCGUCGCUGUUCUCCUGCAGGAUUCCUGCUUUGGCCCUCUGCAGCAGCAGCAUUACUGGGAUUUCUAUUUUUGGGAUUUAAUUACAUCAAGAGAUCCAUGAACAGCAGCUGUCAUUAGAACAAAACGGAUGUCAGUGCGGUGGGUAGAGAUGGGAGAGGGCUUGGGCCUCUCUCCACUGUAGGAUGGUAGCCAGCAGCACAGUGGAAGGCCAUGACAAGACCCCCUUGUCAAGCACCUCGCCGCAGACCACUCGAACCCAGUCCGAGCAGCUCCGACGCCAGUCCGACCAAAGCCUGAGAUCCAGCUCUGCCCGCUCCGUCUACCUGACUCACUUCCCGACUUUCACCUCCAAGGAGGACUGCGACAUCAUCACCGAGACCGCCGCCAAGCUCGAGUGCAGCGGCUUCUACUGGGGCCCUCUGGGAGUGGAGGACGCCCACCGCAUGCUGAAGGACGCCCCUCUGGGCAGCUUCCUCAUCCGCGACAGCCGGCAGAAGGACGUCUUCUUCACGCUGUCCUACCACGCCAAAAGCGGGCCGGUCAGCGUGCGCAUCGACUACAGGCGGCAGAGGUUCUCGCUGGCAGGCAACGAGCGCUCGUUCUCCACGCUCUUUGCCCUCUUGGAGCAUUACAUCAGCUCGCCAAAGAGGAGUCUGAGGGUCCCGUACAGGAAAUGGGAGCCCACGCUGCAGGAGCUGUGCAGGCGGCACAUUGUGGGACUGUGCGGCGAAAAGAGCAAGAUUUCGGAGCUGCCGGUCACUCACGUGGUCCAGGAUUUCCUGUUGGAGUUCCCUUACAAACUGUGAGCAGCCUGCCACGCAAAGUUCUGAUGGUCCUGUUUCUGACUUUAAGGUGGCAGUUUUUACGAAGUAACAGUACACCAGAGGGGCUAUCAUCGCCUAUUCAUCAUAGACUGAAGAUAGAGGCUGCAUCACCACAGUUKCAGAUAAAAGGAGAUAAGUGUUUUCUUCUGGAAAGCAGUGGAACACCUUCAAAGAGACAUUCUAACCAAAGUCAAGCAUUGGCAGCUUCCAAUCAGACCACGUUCCAUAACAUUUUAACAUCUACUACCUCUAGAGACUCUGCUCCCAGUUGCACAUGGACAGGGCAUCCUCUGGUGUCGAGGAAGUACAGGAAGUUGAAAAAUGCUGCAUUAAAAGCAAACUACGCACACAACGGCGUGACAGAGCGUGAACUGGAACGAUCUGUUGCRCAGAGAUGUUGUGGAAGGACAUUAAAGGAGCGAACUGAUAACUGUUUAAAGUCGUGGUGGAGAGUACGAUUGAAACAAGAGGCACCGGGACUAUUUCACUUUUGUAGCACUUAAAACACUCUAAAGGUUGAACGUUUACAUCGUAUCUGAAUGUCUGUCCGAACUGAAGGCUCGAGCACCUCUCCUGUCCAAAUCCACGUGCAGACUUGGCAAAAGCAAGAAAUAUUCAUUGGUCCUCAUCCCGAUAUAUACUUGUACUGUACUGUAUAUUUAAAAAGGUGUCUCACCACUUAUUUAACUGUCCAUACAAAAGCAGAUGAACAUUAUUUCUCAAAUACAUUUUUACCUAUUUUUAUUUACUUUGGAUAUUUUAAAUAAAUAUAUAUUUAAAUUAA